AUGCAGAUUUAAAUACUCUUAAUAUUUACCAUUUUUAUUUCUUCUUGCUUAGCUGGAAAUUAUCUAGAUAAUUAUUUCUGCCAAAACGAAAUUUGUAACCAGUACUGGGUAAAUUGUAAGGAUUAAAAUUUAACUCCUGACUAAACUUAAUAUUGUGCUACAAGAUCAUUAUUUUUAGGAUGCAUUGCUUUAAUUGAUCAAAAUCUCUCACCAUCAGUCAAGUACCAAAAAUACAACGAUUGUAGAAAAUAGGUCACUUUCGAUAAUGGUAAUUAGUUUUUUUAUUUUUUGAACUGUUAAGUCAAUUGCGGAUACUAAUAGCUAUGGGUACAAUGCAGCUAAAAGCUAAAAUAAAUUGAUACUUGCCCAGGUACUGAUUGCCCUUCUUCUGAAGAUUUUUAAUCAUGGAAUAAUGAUUAUCAAAAAUGCACUGCUGAACAAGAUACAAAUCUAUGUUCAUUUGUUUCAGAUGAUUUAGUCACUGACUGUUCUAACUCAGUAAAAGCCAAGUGCAAAAUUUUAGCAUCAAAAUCAGCAGGAUCAUCUAAUAAAUAUGUAUAAUUGAUGUAAUGCAGCUCAAAUUCUAUGCUUCUUAUUUUCUCAUUAAUUGCCUUACUUAACUUUUUACUAUUCUGA